CUCCGGUCAUCCCCCUUCAACAAUCGCUGUCAAAGUCACGAGGCAUCAAGGAUUCUCUAAACUCUACAAGCAAUGGGAGAGGGCCAAUCCAAGCCUGAACCCACUAAGACUACAACCACAGUUAAAUCUACAGGUGAUAGUCCAACAGUAGCAGCAGCCACUGAUCUAAAAUCGCAGACUAGCAAACAAGAAGCUGCAACCAAAGAGGAGGACAUCACGGAGGUCAAUCUCAAACAUUACCGCGUAGAUGCCGUCGUCAUCGGUGCCGGUCCUCUUGGGUCUACAUACAGCCGAGAGCUAGUGGACGGCGGUAUGACAGUCAUUAUGCUGGACGCGGGACCGCAGCUCUCGCCGACGCCCGGCUGGCACCUGAAAAACUCGUACGUCUGGCAGAGAGACUAUAACUCGUUUAGCGGUCUCAUAGCGUCGCAUCUGCACGAUGCAUCGGUGCCCACCAGCGAGACACCCGUCAUCACACUCGAUCCGGCCGCAUUUCAUGUGGAUCUCACCACAAGUAGGAAGUGCAAGGGGUUUGUUCGCAACAAUCAAAAUCCCAACCAGAAUCCGUUUCUCAAUAUAGAUGGUGAAGCAGAGGCGUUCUGUGUUGGUGGCAUGGCCGUUCAUUGGACGUGCUGCAUUCCAAGAGAAUGUAUUAAUAUCGAGAGAAGUAGCUUGCUGUCUGAUCGCGAGUGGGAAGCAUUGUACAGCAAAGCUGAGGAAUAUUUGUGUCGCAACGAUGACGUGUUCGAUGAUUCUAUCCGCCAUGUGGUCGUGAUGAAUACCAUUCAGCAUGUGCUUCCAGGCCGUGGUGUACGUAGCCUUCCACUUGCUGUUCAAAGGAAUGAGGACGAUCCAUCACUGGUGCAGUGGUCGGGUACAGACGUCAUUAUGGGCACGCAUCUCAUUGAUAUACUCAACAAACGGAGAGACAAACAAUUCCGCAUUCUGACUGAACAUCUUUGCUAUGAGCUUGUUCCAACCGAAGACGGUAAACAUAUCAAGUUGGCUCGAUGCCGAGAUCUCAGAAAGGGCAAAAAGUUCAAGGUGGUCAUCGAUGCCAAGCACUUCAUUGUAUGUGCUGGAGCUGUCCGUACACCCCAACUUCUAUACGCCUCCAACAUCCGUCCAAGAGCAUUGGGGCGGUAUAUAUGCGAGCAACCCAAGUCUUUCUGUCAGGUGGUGCUCAAAGAGACCAUCAUCGAGUCUAUCAGAAACAAGAGCUUCAUUGGUUUGACUGAUGAAAUGAAACACGACAUUCAAAAUCAAAUAGACGAUAACCCAGAAGAUCCUAUACCUAUUCCUACUGAUGACAAAGCCCCACAGGUCAACAUUCCCUUCUCAAAAGAGCAUCCGUUUCACUGUCAAAUACACAGAGAUGCAUUCAAGUAUGGCGUCGUUCCAGCCAAUGUUGAUGAUCGACUCAUAGUCGAUCUUCGCUGGUUUGGUUACAUGGAACCCAACCCAGAAAACAGAAUAGAGUUUGAGAACGAGAUCAAGGACAGAUUUGGAAUGCCUCAACCUACAUUCUACUUCAAGCUCAGCGAAGAAGAUGCCAAACGAUCUCACAUCAUGAUCAAUGACAUGACCACAGCAGCUGUAGCUCUAGGAGGUUUCCUCCCAGGAUCCGAACCACAAUUCAUGCCUAUUGGAAGCAGCCUCCAUCUCACGGGAAGUGUCCGAAUGGGAUCAAAAGAUGAUGACACAUCGGUCUGUGAUACCUACUCUAAAGUAUGGAAUUUUGACAACCUCUGGGUCGGAAGCAAUGGCGUUAUUCCAACUGGGACUGCAUCUAAUGUAACUUUAACCUCAGUAGCCUUGGCCAUUCGAUCAGCUCGAAAAAUUCUAGGCAAACCAGACCUCAGCCACGACAUGUAAUAGAUAAUAGAACAUCAAAAAUCAGUGUAAACUGCUGUAAAAUUUAAUGAGCUCAUAACAUAGACAUCUUGCAUCAUACAAUCUAUGGCUGCUGUGACUGUUAAUUCAUGUUGAAUCUGUAGAUCAAACAGUGGUAAAGAUCAGUUUUGAUUUUCAGAUCAACAGGAAAGACAACAAACACGCAGACAGUGCAACCGAAAUUGCAUCACGCUCACACUAGAAGGGAUGUAUACCCCAUUUCAUCACAUGAUCCAUAUUUGUCAGGUGUUGUUGUGUAACUCUCGGUGGAGUCCCGCCAUCCAAUACC